UCUGCGGCGUGUGUCAGUCGGUAGCAGGGAGCAUGUCGCACGCCGCUCCGCUCGCCAAGCCCUCCAACCCGAGCAAUCCCCGGGUCUUUCUCGAUGUGGACUUGGGGGCGGAACGAGUUGGCCGAAUUGUAUUGGAAUUGUUUGCUGACAUUGUACCUAAAACUGCUGAGAACUUCCGUGCAUUAUGUACUGGAGAGAAAGGUAUUGGACCCACAACUGGAAAGCCUCUUCAUUUUAAAGGAUGCCCCUUCCAUAGGAUUAUCAAGAAAUUUAUGAUCCAAGGAGGAGACUUCUCAAAUCAAAAUGGAACAGGUGGAGAAUGUAUAUAUGGGGGGAAAUUUGAAGAUGAAAACUUUCAUUACAAGCACGAUCAGCCAGGCUUGCUCAGCAUGGCAAAUGCAGGACAGAAUACAAAUGGUUCUCAGUUCUUCAUCACAACUGUACCAACUCCUCACCUUGAUGGGAAACAUGUAGUCUUUGGACAGGUGAUCAAAGGCAUGGGUGUUGUAAAGCUUCUAGAAAAUGUUGACGUAAAAGGGGAAGAAUCUAUUAAGAAGUGCAUUAUUGCAGAAUGUGGAGAGCUAAAGGAAGGAGAUGACUGGAGAGCUUUGCCAGUGGAUGAUUCUGGAGAUACUCAUCUAGACUUUCCUGAGGAUUCUGAUAUGGACUUUAUGGAAACUGACAAGAUUUUAUCUGUAGCAGAAGAUAUAAAAAAUACAGGCAAUACAUUCUUCAAAUCCCAGAACUGGGAAGUGGCACUAAGGAAGUACAGCAAGUCUUUAAGAUACAUAGAAGCUUCUCUUGCUGUAGCAGGGAAGGAAGAUUCAGCAAAGUUGAAUGCUGCAGCUUUGACCUGCCAUCUAAAUGUUGCUGCAUGCAAAUUGAAGCUAGCAGAAUGGCAAGACGCAAUUGAAAACUGUGCUAAGGUUCUGGCCCUUGAUCCUACAAAUACCAAAGCACUUUACAGAAGGGCUCAGGCCUUGGAAGCAACAAGAGAUUACGAACAGGCAUUGGCUACCCUCCAGCAGGCUCAAGGCAUAGCUCCUCAAGACAAAGCUAUCCAAAUGGAAGUACAGAAGAUUAAGCAAAAGAUAAAGAACCAGAAGGAGAAAGAGAAGGCAGUUUAUGCAAAGAUGUUUGCUUAAAUUGAACUUUGUGUCCCUUCAUCACGAAUCCUGCCAUUCAGUGUACAAGCAUUUAGAGGUAUUACUGACAGUGACAUUGUUAUGGAUCACAGUCAAUAAUGAUGCUAUUUCUCAUGUUUGGAUCAUUUAAAAACCUGCAUAUGAUUUCAUACAUCUUCAGUAAUAAGGCAGUAGUAGUAGUAAUAUAAAAAAAAAAUUAGAAUGACCUAGUUACAAGGAUUUGGGGGAGAAAUUCAGUAAUGUAAGUUUAGUUUCUUUUAUUCCCUAAUGCUGUUACGUGGUAUUUAAGAAAUAAAACCAUUGAGCUUCCGGUGGGUGGAUCGGCGAUGGCGGU